AUGGGCUACCUUGGCUCCACCUUUUUUAGCCUAGCUGUCUCCAAUGAGCCUAAUAACAUAAAGCUUGAUGCAGUAUUGGAAUUGAAGACUCAUGUUAAGAAGGAGAACGUUGAUCUCAGCCAAGUCCAAGCAUACUUCGAGGCCAUAUCAAUCUUGAUGGACCUGAGGGAUCAAACACUCCAAAGCACCACAUUCAGCUUGUUAUGUCAUUUGGUAAAACGUGUCAGCAUUCAAGACUCGAAGAGUACUGUACUCCAAGACCACGGCUUUUUGAUUCUACCCAUAAUCAUAUCAAGAAUCGCAGACGCAAGGGCAUCUGUCAAGAUUUCCGCUAGAAGAGCCUUGGAAGCUUACUGGCUAACUGCCCCGCUGAAAGUUGAGCAGGCGCUCAUAGAACUGGGAAUGAAAAGCAAUUCGGCUCUUUUGACAAAUGAAUGCGUGGUAUGGCUAAAUACGGUACUCACAGAGGUCAACCGUCAUUUCAGCCUAAACCCUUUUAUGAGCACUCUUGCCGAAAUCCUUGUCCAGCACGAGCAAAAUGCAUUACUUGUUGAGAACAUCAAGAUACUAUUUGCCAACUACUAUGACUUAAAGCAAAACAGACUCCAUAAAUUUGAGCUACAAAAAAUUCUAGAGUUUCAUGGAGUGCCAGCAGCAAUACGAACGUCCAUAAUGGGUACCAAUCAGGUACUCAAAUCUCGUGAAAAGCUGGCAAUGUCUCAUGAGGUAUCAGGUAAUAAUGUCCUGGCAUCCAGACUCGAAAAGCCCAAGAAUACUGACACGGCCACCAUACCACUGGAAUCCAUCAAGCUUGGCAAGGACGAGACGACACCGCUGAAUUCACCAGUUGACGACAUAAUUGCUGGCUUACAAAAUUACAAUCUUGAGAAGAAAAUUCAACCAUCAACAUGCCAAGAUAAAGAUGCGCUCUACACUCAAUUAGCCGGCAUGAUUCCGACUUUUGAGGGUAAAGAAACUGAAAGCAAUUGGAUAAAAAGAGAAGCACAUAUCACAUCUCUUCGAUCAAUUGUUAGAGGAAACGCACAUAUUGAUUUCCCGGAUGACCUUGCUCAUGGAUUAAAAGACAUUGCCGAAGGUAUCUGCAAAGGUCUUUUAUCCUUGCGAACUACUUUGAGCGUAAGCGCAUGCCAGUUGGUAAAAGAAACUGCCAUCCUUCUAAAGGAUCAUUUUGACCCUCUCGUCGAUCUGUUUGCUCCUACUUUGAUAAAGCUCAAUUCUGCAACAAAACACAUGACUUCUUCAAAUGCACACAUCGCAAUGUGUGCGAUAAUGAUUAAUUGUACCUACAGCUCAAAGUUGCUCCACAAGAUUCAAACGGCAUCAUCAGAAAAAGGGAGCAACUCGAGAUCUCAUAGCAGCAUUUGGAUUAAAAUUUUCAUAAGCCGCUCUAGCAACAGCGGCAAGUUGCCACAUACUGAAGUCAUCGAACGUGUGCUUGGUCGCUUGCUUUCAGACUCAAUCUCCACUGUUAGGCAGAAUGCUAAGGAGGCGUUUUGGUGCUUACAAGCAACUUGCCCGGAAUCAGCGGAGAGGCUACUCACGCGCUUGGAUGCCAAUGUAGUCAAAAGCUUGGAGCGGUCGAAUCCUGCGAAAAUCAGUAAAUUGAGACCUGACAUUGCUCAAACGAAGCCAGUUCGUUCUUCCAUCAAGGAUUCUAUCAUUGCAAAGAACAGAGAAUUUAAUUCGAGAAGAGCCGGAUCAAGACUGAAUUCUCGCAAUGCUAUUCAACGAAGCAACGAGAUUGAGCAAAAAAGAGGGCAAUAUCGUGUUCAAUCAGAUCCUCCAUCAAGUGAUAGAAGGUACGGCAAGGCACUUCCGAAGUCACUUGAAACUAAACAGUUCUCAGGGUUAACGAAGCAUCGUAGUUUGAUGGACUUGUCGGUGAGGCCUAAUGCUGAUUUGCCGAAGUUGAGACCUGUGUCAUCGACUACAUUUUCCACUGUUCAUUCUGCAAACAGGCCCUCGACAAGCAUCACACCAAAUAUCAAAACUGACCCAAUAUUCCAGUUUUUGGCAUCUUCUAAUGAGGCUACAAUCAGUGAAGGUGUGAAUUUAUUGCGAUAUGCUAUACUUGUUGAAGAGAGGUUUCCUGAUGAUAUCAAGUUUUACUUGAGAAAAGUUUCUUUUACACAUCCUGAAUGCCUUCGGCCAUUAUUAGAUCAGCCAGAUGUACUUGCCAAAGCGAGAUUCAUCAUGGCCCCGGAGGACAUAUUAAGAGUCUGCUUCAUUAUCUUCCCUGAUUCCGAGGAGGCAUACAGAAACAUAUCAACUUCGGGCGCUUCCGACUUAUACCAGUCGGUAGGUACAAUUCUCUCUUACAUUGCCAACUUUGACUCAAUUGUUGGAGAGAAACUCUUGGCGAUGCAAACAAUCAAGUUCAAAAAUCGAAUCUUAGAACUGGCAGUUCAAUUUCUAUUACAUUGCAUGCUGAUCGUCCAGGUUGACGAGAGCAGCUUCCCUCUACUUGUUAAACCGUUGUUUGAUUUGGUUGCGAUCUAUCACUCUUUGCCAACAUAUAAUGCUUUCAAAACGUUAAUAUUGCGUCUUUUCGAAACAAAUAAGUCAGCAUUCCAAGAAAAUCUUCCAAAUCUCUCCGAAAGUAGCAGAAGAGAGCUCGAGAACAUUGUUGGUAUAAAUCAACAGUGUGGGUCGGACACCAUGUCCAGCAACUCAGAUGACACCAAUGAUGUUAAGAAUGUACCCAAAGGUGACCUCGGCCAUGUCAACAAGUUACAUGCCGACAACAGCAUGUCAGACUCAAAUGCAUCACAACAUGAAAGCAAUAAGGCUGACCAACUCGACAAUGAAGGGGAGCUUAAGAACUCAAGUGCACAGUCUGAGAGAGAUUUAGAGGAUGUGAACGGAGGAAACGAAUCUUUGCACGAUACCAAUGGUGCUAGAAGUGAUUCUAGCAAUAAAGAAUUUAAUCUUGUGAAGGAAGGUAGGCGACCUAUACCAAGUGCUGACGUUGCAGAGCGAAUUAGAGACCCAAGCGUUGAAGCUAACAAUGCAGCCUGUUAUGAUUUUGAUGCUAAUCAAGGUGAAAAUGCACUUGAUGCUGUCGAACCAUAUACACCAAGUUUUAAUCAGGAGAAAACUCCUGGAUCCGAGAUUGGAACUGGAGAGUGUGCAGCACAAGUAUUGGCCAUCAAAGAUGUAAAUGAACAUGGAAACAUUUCCUCCAGCUUUGAUAACAACAGUCCAGAAUUCGUUGCAGUAGCUGGAAAUUCUAUGGAUGAAUCGGGCUCGAAUAUUCCAAAAGACAAACCAAAGAAAUUACCAGAACUUAAUUCACCGCAAAAGGAAGUAUCGCAUGGGCGAGCAAGAUCUGUCACGCCAGAAAUCGGAAAUGUUGAUUUGAAACUGAUCAAGGUGAUUCAUAGCGAAAGACACGCUGGCCAAAUGAAUGUAUUUGCUACGAAUUCUAAUACCCCUAUGAGAAACGAAUUCUUCAACAAGCUAAAUUCUGAUCCAUCUGUGGAGCUUGUCAAUGAUUUCGCUCAGGUAAAAAUCACAAAUCGAUUGAACCUGAUCCAAUCAUUUCUUGACAAAGUGGACCCCUUGAGUAAAAUCUCCAGUAAAGCAAGACCGAUCUCAAUAUUUGAAGAUACGAAAGCCAGUGGCUCCCCUCAAAAAGUCAAGGAUUACAGCUAUACGGAAUUGAACUGGUUCAAUUUCCUGGUAGCUAGACUUGCACUUGAUGGUGAGACAGAAAGAUUUGAUGAUUACAACAUCGUGGAAUUCAACGAUCUUUGCAAAAAGCUCCAAAGCUCCAUUACAGGUAAAGAAUUUGUCUGCUUGCUAAGGUACCUACAAAAUGAGCAGAGCAUGGAAUUCGAUCUGUACUUCGUUCAGGAGGGUCUUUACAGAAUAGAAGAUGCACUUCAUAUGCAUUUGUGGCUGAAUCAGGUGAAGGAUAAACUCAGUGGUUUGAUUAUUCUUAAACAGCUUCUUAUAAAUCGCGACAAUGUUAAUUUUGGGAAAACCUGGAAAACCCUUGUUCACCUCAGUGAUGAGGAAAACCAUGAAGUUGACGUUGCGAUUAGCGAGACUUUUGAUGAGACGCUUUGUGGUAUGUUCGCAAGUAGCGACAUGAUUCAAUGCAUAAUCAAAACCAUCACCGAGCAAAAAACAAAUCUAAGCGAUCAUGCUUUAAAUUUUGUCUUUCAUUCGUUACUCAAGCUAGUUGCACAGAAGACAAUGGUUCUAAGUAUUACAGAUGAACUUUUACGUCAGCUACACGAAAUUCUUAAAUGCUAUCUUACUCACAGAAAAGUUGAAAUCCGAAAGAAUGUCGUCCAAACUUACGGAAAACUAGUACGGGCAGCGCGAGUGAGCGAACUAACCGACAAUAACUAUAAUAAUAGACAGCCCUCUACGACGAAAGAGGCAUGUUUUGUUGAGGAGCUCUUGGACAGCAUGACUAGGCCGCAGAGGAAGAUGGUCGAAUACUACAGCCAUUAA